AUGAUUGUUGUAAGCGGUCUUCCUGAGGUAAUUCCUUAAUAUAUGCAAGAAUAUUAAUGAGGAAAUGUUGUAUGAGACAUUUAGAAUCUAUGGCAAAAUGCUUGAAGUCAAGAUCAAGAAGGAAUAUUAUGAAUAACAGAGUGCAAUUAUAGAAUUUGCAGAUUCGAUAUCAGUUCAUUAAAUUUAACUAGAACAGAAAGAACUUAAAAUUGAUAAUAACAUCCUCAAAAUUUCACUUCAUGAUGAUUAAAAUUAAAAUGAGUUUAGAACUAAUAAUUUAUUUGUAAAUAAUAUCCCUUCAAAUAUUACAUAAGAGCAGUUGUCCUUAUUUUUUGAGUAAUUUGGACAAGUCUUCAAUUGUAAAAUAAAGAAAUCGAAUUAUUUGAACCACAAGCCUUCAUUGUAAAUUAGCACCUUUAAAGUAGUUCCGGCUUUGUGGAGUACAAGAACCCCUAGACUACUUUAGAUUUGAUGGAAAUAUACUUGAGGUAACCAUUAAAAGUCAAUGGAAAGAUAUUAAUCAUUCAACCUUGUAAAGACAAGACUCAGCCAAGAGUGUCGAUAUAAAUGAUAAUAUAGGGUUUUUGUAGAAAGGUGAAUUAGGCAGAAUCACAGAUUUUUGGAAUAGAAAGAUUUGUUGAAUUAAUAUGGGAACUAUUAAUAGUAGAGUAUUUUAAUUCAAGAAAAUUGUAAAUGAAAAAUUGUUUUGUCAAAAUGAAAAAUGAUUAACCAUACAUAAUUUUGGUAUUCCCAACCUUAAGUGAUACCAUUAAAUUUAUGAAAUUAGCAGAUCAAAUUAAAGGGCAUCCUUGCUUUUAGCAUGACUCUGAUUGUAUCCCAACAAUACUUAAAAAAUAUUCAGUUGAUUCAUCUCUAUCUUAAACAUUUCAAUAGUUUCACUAAUAAAAUUUGGUGAUAAAUGAAUAAUUUUAAUAUAGAGCAACUCAAGAUUAUUUUAGUGGGAAUUUCUCAUAUUUCAGUUGCAGAUACCAUUUUAACAAUUAAGAUUACUAUGAUGAUAGAAUACUGGUAAUUCCAAAUUUGAAAUGCUCAGUUACUAUUGGAUAAUUGAAGGAGUAUUUCCAAUAAGUCGGUUUGAUAAAAUCAGUAAUCCUGAGAAAUGAAUAAAAGGAAAAAGCUACUAAGGUAUGUUUUGCCUUAGCACUCACUUCUUUUGAUGCCUAAUUGAUAUUGUAGGAAUACGAAAAUCAACAACUUGGAUUGGAUUGUAAUUUUUCAGAUUCUCCAAUCAAGAUCUAAAAGCUUCACUAUAAGCAUUCUGAAUUUGAGAAGAUAUUGAGCGAGUUAUACGAAGAAGCAUUCUAUAAAAAAGAAAUUUAAACUCCCGAAACAUAACCUUGCAUUUUAAAAGAUAAAGAGUAUUUCUAGAGUUUUAAUCAAAUAAUUGAAGAAUUAGAUCGUUUCCAAUAACUCAGUCUAUAGGAUUAAAAAGAUAUCGGGUAGUAAUUAAUUGAUUAAGUUGUUGCUAAUUAAUCUUAUUUAGAAUUGGCAGAUUAAAAAAGAAUAUCAUGUAUUUAAAAAAUAAUAAUAAAUUUAGGUAAAAUAAUAAACAAACAUCAGAAAUUAGAAGAUAUAAUAGAACUUUACAAAGAUCCAAUUAAAUGUUGCUUGGAAAUUGAAGAAGCUGAGAACAAUAUUAUUGAGGAAUUGCAUUCAGAAACUAUAUAGUAAUAUUCUACAUUGGAUGAAAUUAUGAAUAACUUUGAAGCAUUUUAUUCGUUAAAGGAUGAUCUAAAAAUUAAUAUUAUAAAGUUUCUAUUGAAAUAACAUAUUGUUACAGUAUUGCAAAUGGAUGAUAAUUAGGCAAGCAAAAUCUCUAAAUAAAUAAUGAAAAAGUUAAAUUAUAAAAUACAGGAUUUGCUUUGCAUAUUGGAGGAUAAUACUGAAUUUUUAAAUGCACUUAACAAAAAUGAUUGA